ACAACACUGGCAGUGUCUGUCCGUCUAGACAUUAUAAAGUUGUACAAUAUAGAAACUGAGAGUUAACCGGAAAUCAUGGUGGACUUUCCUUCAUUUACAAAUCUUACAUUCAAUGAUUCUGGGCGCAUGGAGGAUUUUCCAUUUGGCUUUCUUAACCGGACAAAUCAGAUGUUUGUAACAAAAUAUAAGGGAAAUGAUAGUGCGGUGACAAACCAAAACCAAACUACAUCCUCUGAGCUAGAGGUCCUCUCGGAUAAUUUUGUUGUCCUCUUUAAAUGCUUUACGAUCACGCGCAUCAUGCCCUUGAUCUCCAUCUUCAUCAUUCUUCUUAGUUUGCCCCUGAAUGGUUUGGCCUUCGUGACGUUCACCUGUAAGAUUCAAAAGAAGAAACCAGCAGUGAUCUACAUGUCUCACCUGGCGUGUGUGGACCUGCUCUUCACCCUGCUGCUGCCUCUGAAGAUCCACUACCAACUAAACGGUACAGAUUGGGUGUUCGGUGAGGCGGCAUGUCGUUUGCUCACUGCGGCUUACUACUGCAACAUGUACUGCUCCAUACUGCUGAUGAUGUGCAUGAGUGUGGACAGGUUGCUGGCCGUGAUGUUUCCAGUCGCCUCACUGACCUGGAGGAGCGCAAGGAAAGCCACAUUCAUAUGCACAUUAGUCUGGCUGCUGGCGCUCGCUGGUACAGUGCCGCUUCUCUCAAUGAGACAAACAUUCCGUUUCCAGAAUCUGGGAGUCACCUGCUUUGACUUGUUUGACGAAAACACUUCAGAGACAUUAUACUUAUCCGUGUUCUUAAUCCUCCCCUGCAUCUUCUACUUCUUGCCGCUGAUCGUCAUCUUAGUGAGCUACUCUACUAUCAUUUAUGUGCUCUGUGCUAAACGUGGUCACUCAGUAACUUCAUCAUCUUCCUCUGACAACCGAAGGAGGGCUGCGAUUAUGGUCACUGCUGUGCUGACUGAGUUUGUGGUGUGCUUUGCACCAUCCAAUGGCUUUCUGUUGUACCACUGUGUUCGUUUAGCCAAGGGAAGCGAUGGGUCGGACACCUACUUGGCUUACCUGAUGGCUGUGUGUUUGGGAAGCUCAAGUGUUUUUCUGGACCCUCUGCUGUACUGUUACGGAUCAUCUCAAUACAGAGAGCAGAUCCGCUCUGUGUUUUGGGGCUACAAGGCAAAAAGAGCUGACAUAACAUCAAACACAACACAAAACACACGCACAAAUCCUAUCUCAGCUGCACCGUGUAACAAACAAACAGCCUAAAUAAAAAGCAGAUCUCACUUUAAACUAUUUACAUUGCAUUUAGUGGACGCCUUUAU